AUACAAAUACUGCUCGUUUCCCCAUCCUUGCUGUGGAUUGAAUUUGUCUAGAAGACCUGAGUUCUCUUGGAAGCAAUUGACUCUUCUAAACUUCAGCUGCCUAAAGUCUUCGUUUCUGCUUUUGCCUGCUGCUGCUGCUGUUUCUUCCUUGAGAGAAAAAAAAAACUUAAGAAACUUGGAUUCCCCAAAAGGACAGGUGGCAGAUCUAAAAGAAAAAGAAAGCUGUUCACUAUGAAUCUUAAACAAAGACUGUGGAUCUUUGUGUGGUUCCCCUUGUAUUUUUUGAUAAAUGUGUACAGUGCCCUUGUAUUCAUACCCUGGUAUUUUCUUACAAAUGUUAAGAAGAAAAAAGCUAUGGCGAAGCGCUUAAAAGCUAAGCCCAUCUCCGACAGCCCUGGAAGUCCCUAUCGGUCUAUUUCGCAUAUGGAAUCAUUAGCCAGUAUAGACUUUCCUGGAGUGGACACACUGGACAAGUUGUUUGACCUUGCUGUGACAAAGUUUGGGAAGAAAGACUGUCUUGGAACAAGAGAGGUCCUGAGCGAAGAGAACGAAAUGCAGCCAAAUGGAAAAGUAUUUAAAAAGUUAAUCCUAGGAAACUAUAGGUGGUUGAACUAUGAAGAGACCAACCAGAAGGUGAAGCACUUUGGGAGUGGGUUAGUGGCGCUUGGAUUGCAGCCCAAGAGCACCGUGGCCGUAUUCUGCGAGACUCGAGCCGAAUGGUUUAUUGCCGCCCAGUCUUGCUUCCGGUACAACUUCCCUCUUGUUACCCUAUAUUCAACCCUUGGAGAAGAGGCGGUAACCUAUGGAUUAAAUGAAUGUGAAGCAUCCUUUCUAAUCACUAGCUUAGAUCUUUUGGAAGGCAAACUGAAGAAUGUAUUGUCAAAAAUUCCCUGCCUUAAAUACAUCAUUUAUGUGGACAAUAAGACUAUCAAUAAAUCAGAGUAUCCCAAAGGGCUGGAGAUUCAUAACAUGCAAGCCGUAGAAGAACUUGGGGCCAAACCAGAAAACUUAAGCAUCCCUCCCUGCCGCCCUGUCCCUACAGACAUGGCCCUUGUAAUGUACACCAGUGGCUCCACAGGGAGGCCAAAAGGGGUCAUGAUGGUCCAUAAAAACUUGAUAGCUGGAAUGACUGGACAGUGUGAGCGAAUACCUGGCCUGGGACCCAACGACACAUAUAUUGGCUACUUGCCUUUGGCUCAUGUAUUAGAACUAACAGCAGAAAUUUCCUGUAUUACUUAUGGCUGCAGGAUUGGAUAUUCCUCACCACUCACCCUGUCAGACCAGUCCAGCAAAAUUAAAAAGGGAAGCAAAGGAGAUUGCACCGUUCUGAAGCCCACUUUGAUGGCAGCCGUGCCAGAAAUCAUGGAUCGAAUUUAUAAGAACGUUAUGAGUAAAGUUCAGGAGAUGAACUAUUUCCAGAAAACUUUGUUCAAGAUAGGAUAUGACUAUAAAUUGGAACAAAUAAAAAGAGGCUAUGAUGCACCUCUCUGUAACUUACUGCUGUUUAAAAAGGUGAAGGCCCUGUUGGGAGGGAAUGUACGUAUGAUGCUUUCCGGAGGGGCUCCUCUCUCACCCCAAACCCAGAGAUUCAUGAACAUCUGCUUCUGCUGCCCUGUUGGCCAAGGCUACGGCCUGACGGAAACCUGUGGAGCAGGCACCAUUACUGAAGUAACUGACUACAGUACUGGAAGAGUUGGAGCUCCUCUUAUCUGCUGCGAGAUUAAGCUCAGAGACUGGCAAGAAGGAGGCUACACAACAAGAGACUUGCCACACCCUAGGGGAGAGAUUAUAAUUGGAGGUCCCAAUGUCUCUAUGGGAUACUUCAGAAAUGAUGAGAAAACAGCUGAAGAUUUCAUUGUCGAUGUCAAAGGCCAGCGAUGGUUCUGUACUGGAGAUAUUGGUGAAUUUCAUUCUGACGGGUGCCUCCAAAUCAUAGACCGUAAAAAAGACUUGGUGAAGUUGCAAGCUGGAGAAUACGUGUCUCUUGGCAAAGUUGAGGCAGCCUUGAAAAACUGUCCCCUGAUUGACAAUAUUUGUGCAUAUGCGAAAAGCAACCAGUCUUACGUUAUCAGUUUUGUGGUUCCCAAUCAGAAGAAACUCAUGGCACUUGCUGAGCAGAGGGGCAUGUCUGACAACUGGAUCAACAUCUGUAACAAUCCUGUCAUGGAAUCGGAAGUUUUGAAAGAGAUUAAGGACAUGGCUAACAAAAUGAAGUUGGAAAGAUUUGAAGUGCCCAUCAAAGUCCGCCUGAGUCCCGAGCCCUGGACUCCCGAAACAGGCUUAGUCACUGAUGCUUUCAAACUGAAAAGAAAGGAGCUGAAGAACCAUUACCUCAAUGACAUCGAGCGGAUGUACGGAGGGAAAUAAGGCCUCCCGGAUCGCCCUGCGUCAGAAACCGUGCGUUGUUUCUUCUGGAACUGAACGACGAAAGAAUUUCCCAAAGAGCGGCUGCAUUUCCAAACAGAAGCAGUGUUUCAUAAAACAGUUGAAAAUUUACUCUCAGUUACCCAGAAGGAACAGCUGUGCUGGCUUUCUGCCCUGCAGUUUCCCAAGAUGCUGUCAAAAAUACUGACCCACUGCCAUGGUUUCAUUAGACCACUUCCAGUUCCAAGUGUUCGUAUGGAACUCCCUCACCGGAUAAACCAGUAUUUCUACAGUCUUUCUAUUCUGGCUUCUUCUCCGAUUUGAAAGCAGUCAGAUCAUCUUGGCUUGAGUCCAAGGCGAUGUUUUCGAAAUGGAUGAAAACAAGCCAGUUGCAAAGGCGAUACGGAAGAGGGGUUGUAAGAGUGGGGCAGAACCAAGCCCGCUCCAAAACUCUGCUCCGAAAAUGGUUCUCUCAGGUCCUUUGCGAAAUGGCUCGUUGGAAGGUGACUGUCGUUGGUGGUCCAAAGAGAGGAAGUGGGAUUUCUCUUGUGAAAAUGGUACUUUCACCCAGUUGUAAACUGAGAGUCCAAAGCAACAACGCCCGAUUGGGUUCCUGCACCAUGUCCCAAGUUCUUCCUUUCGGUAGCACCAUCCUGCCCAUCUCUGCCAUGAAAUUAUUCUUGCAAUUUCCGAUUUUUUUAAAAAUUAUUCAUUCCACAAAAAAGGCACCAUAGGCAGUUGGCAGUAGUUUCCACUGCUCAAGAGAAUACUGGCGGUACUUUUAAAAGUCACGUUUGCUGCUGCGUUGGGGGUGGGGUGGGAAUCUUUCACUGCCAUUGGUGAGCACAGACAGAUUCUCUCAUAUUUAUUUUUCUUUCUUUCAAACGGUGGUUUUCCAUACAGAAAGAGAUGACUGGUAGUAUUAAACAUUUAGAGUGCCUAAAACAAAGAAACUAUCCUCACAGACGAGCAGAGGUAAAUUAAGACAUUCCAAUCAAAACAUUUCAAGAUGUCUUUUGGAAGAAGACAAGUGAUGACUUUGGCCGUCCUAAGAACGCUGGCAUUACUGCCCCGAUUAAGCUGGUAUCUUUUCCAAUCAUUUAUUUAUUCGCACUCACUACCUUUAAAAAAAAAAUCAGUGGAACAAAACAAGCCCUGUAGCUAAAGUAGUCCGCACACCGUCUGCUUUUGCGGAGUGUCCAUGCUUUUUGGGAUGUACGCGCCGCUUCCUCCAAGCACAUCCUCACCACAGAUAAAAUAUUCGGUUAUUGUUGUUUGUUGUUUUUUUAUUUUAAAAGGGCAUUUUAAUUUAUCUUUGACUAUAUCGCAUAAAACAAAAUCUUAUAUUAAAAUGAAUUUCUCUUCUAUACAAGUGAUGGACGUAGCCUUGGCAACUUUGUGUUUUAAAGUGUUUGCAAAGGGAAAUUUUUGUCUGCUAUUUUUAUUGAAAAACUGGAAAUCCUUGAUGUACGGAGGGCGGGAGAGAGCAGCAGCCUCCUCUGCGUUUCUGUGUGCAUUAUUCCACAGAAUGUCUUUUGUGCACUGGGCACUAUUCAUACUAGUAGUUCACACUUGAAACAAAAACUGAGACGAACGUGGCAACGAUGGGAUGCUGUUCUUACUGUGCACUUUCGAUCCUUUUCUGUAUGUGGCUUCCAUUUUUGUACAAAUGUGGCUCUUGGGUGCAUUGUAUUACUUUUUGGUGGCUCUAAAGUAUUUAUAAAAUAGA